AGUGUUGCCAACGCGUUUCAAUGUCUGAGGAGUUCACGAUUGUGCAAUCGAAGAAAAAGCAUAGAAAAUUCGGAAAAUCUGCACAAGUAAAGUGUAACAGAGCUUCUUCUCCAGCUGAAUUUGAUCGUGAUAAAAUUUUAAAGAGAAUAAAUUAUUGUGAAACGGAACUUGAAAUUUCUGAAUACUUUCAAACCGCAAUAGAUAUCAUCAAAACAGCUGUAAAUAAUCACAGAAUAUCAGAAAUCAUCUGUCUUGGAAUUGGAAGUAUUAGCGAAAGUCUUACAGCUAAAUAUCAACUUGCUUUCAUCAAUCUCGUUCAGAGAAAUUUGAAUAUUCAAAGUAUUAAUUUCUUUGAUCCUCUUUUGUCUGCUGGCGAGCAAGAAGUUUUGAAGGCACUUAAGCACACAGUUUUAAGUGAAAACAAAGAAGGAAAAUACAUUGCCGAGUCACCUACACUUUUCUAUCUUCCGCAUUGUCCAAAACAACUGACAAAUAAUUUGCUUUUUUCAAAUUGGGAUCCAAAAUAUCUCGCAAAUAUUUUCUUGAUUAGUAAUAGUUUCCAAAGAAUCAUAACUAAAACACCUGAAAGAUUUUUAAGACCAAGUGCUAACUUUAUUUUAGAAGUUAAUCCAUUUGUAAGUGAAGUUGAAAUUGAGAAUUCAUUUGAAUUGAACACCUGCUUUAACGAUACAUCAAUCCAUUCAUUUACACCAACCAAACUUGACACUGCUUCUGCAAAUCUUUGGAUUAAUCCAUCACAACCAACUUACAUUGAAGAAGAUUUAGAAAUUGUUCUCAAUGGCAGCAAAAAGUUCAAGACAACUGAUGAGCAACUCUGUAAAGUUAAAGAUGAGAUGCACUUCUUAGGACAAACUUAUCUUUGUUAUCUUCAGUCAGCAAGAAAUUAUAAGAGAAUCAAUGACGAAUAUAAAGGAGCUGGUGAACGAACAGUCGAAGCAACCGCAAAACUGCCGCUCGUAAACAAAACAAAAAUGUCUCAAAAGAAAGAAUUUUUUAACAUUCACAAUAACCUUACAAGUAUUCCUUGUUUAUUAAUUAAUAAAAAUGUUCUCAUUUUCCUUCGGAACGAGUCAUGGGUUGCUGGAAAGAUCGUCGAUGCUGAUGGAUUAAUGAAUAUUUUUAUGGAAAAAGUUGUUUAUUGUGAUCAAAAAGGACUUCAAUAUAAAUUAGAUAAUUACGGAAUCAGAAAUAGACAGAUUUUGUACAUUCAAAUACCAGAAUCAAUCGAUCUCACAAGUGCUAUCAAGGAUUAUUUAGAUAAACUUCACACACCAAUGAAUAAGUCAACUAAACGAACAUUCAAGAUUAAACGAGCUCAAAUGAAGAAUCAAGAGACGGUCAAUGAAUUAAAAGGAAAGCAGUUUUAA